UGUCCCACUUGCACCGGAACGGACUCACCCGAAUAUUUCACCGUUCGGGAACACCGAGUUACUGUGUAUGAACAGGUCGGAAAAGGACGAUAGUGCCACUUUUGAUGAAUCUGCGGCCUAUUUUACGGAAUUACACGUUUGGAGAUCUACGGAAUCAUGGAAGAGCCGCAAUUUAUGAAGUCAGUUUUACCUGCGCUAGACUCAUUCACACUUGACGCAGUUGACACAAGUUUGGCAUUACCACCAGAGGGUAAUACAAAGACUCAUUCAAACGACCGGAGUUUUCGUGUUCAGCAACAAGUGCGGCUCACACUUGCUCGUAAGGGCAAAAAGACAACGGCCAGUGGCAGUCUUCAUCUAUCCAGAAACCCACCAAGUAUCACCGGUUCCAGAGAUGGAAUCUUGUCUAACAUGAAGACACACUCAUCUUUGGGCCAGAUUGGCGGCGUGGACUUCAGCAGCCUGUCGUCUUUGAAGGAGAAUAUAGGAAGUCCGUCUAAGAGGGUGGAUUUGACCCCAGUCUCCAGACCUGAGUUACCUCGCUCCCGUCUGGCCUACGGGACACUCCGUUUCGGAACCUACACCCUCCCCGGCCCUAGCCAGCCGCCCAUGAUGGGGACUUCAGUGGAGCGGUCGUACGGGACAGACUUGAUGCGGCGUUAUGCCCAUUCGGAAAUGGCCCGUAGCACAAGGACACACGCCAUGGCUAACAGCGGCAACGACCACUGGGGCCAGUCCCUCAGACAGACUCGAGGUCCUCAGCCCCUCUCGGCAGACCACUCAUUCCUGUGCAGCAGCCCUGCGAUUCGCACCGACAACAGCCCCUACCAGAUGGAGGUUCAAAGGGGGGCAGGGAGACAAACAGGCUACGGGUCAUUCAAUCCUACCCAGAGAGCAGAGGGCCUGGUCUGGCGGGCCCAGGUGGGGAGGGAGAGCCAGGGGCCUGUGGGAGCCAAAUGGCCUCCCUCGUACCCGGCCUCGCUGGUCAGCAUGGAGGUGGACAUGGGCCAGAAGAGGGAGGCGGCGGAGCCAGAGAUCCAGCAGAGAGACGUGAAGGAACUCACUGCACUGAAGCCUGAGAGCAAGGUGCCUGAGCUGACAUUGGAGAGGGCAGUGAACCUGCUGGGCCAGGAGAAUGAGGAGAUGCAGAUCACUGCUGCCAGCUUUAUUCAAAACCAAUGUUUCAACAGCGCUGACGCUAGGAAGAUGGUGUUCUACCUCCACGGGAUACCCAAGUUGAUCAAACUGCUGCAGAGCGACAGCGAGGAGCUGGAGCGGAUAGCGGCAGGGGCGCUCCGAAACGUUGUCUUCGAGAGCAGCCAGAACAAGAUGGAGGUGAAGGAUAACGAGGGCGUGGCCCCCGUACUGCGUCUGCUCAGGAGAAGUCGCGACAUAGAGACCCGGCGGCAGCUCACUGGGCUGUUGUGGAACCUAUCCUCCCAUGACCUGCUGAAGGAGCAUCUCUCCAAAGAGGCCCUGGAGAUCCUGACCACCUCUGUCCUGGUGCCCUGCUCAGGCCUGUCUGAGGGGGAGAACCCCAAAGACGGCAUGCUGGCUGACCCAGACACCUUUUACAACGCCACUGGCUGCCUCCGAAACAUAAGCUCAGCUGGUCCAGAUGGGAGAAAAGCCAUGCGGCAGUGUGAGAACCUUAUUGACUCACUGGUAUACUACAUCCGGGGAACCAUAGCCGACUACAAGCCUGAUGACAAGUCCACAGAGAACUGUGUGUGCAUCCUACACAACCUCUCCUACCAGAUGGUGGUGGAUCUUCCACAGAAGUACACCAGCGAGCUCCAUGAGUCUCGACUCAACCUGGCUCCAAAGACCAAGACCCCCGGCUGUUUCGGCUCCCGCAGUGCCAAAAUCAUCCAGCGUCUUGAUCCAAAGUGCCCUCUGCUGGAGGAGAAGGGUAGUCCCUGUGGGAUAGAGUGGCUGUGGAGCGCCAUCACAGUGCGGAUGUACCUGUCAAUCAUGGCCCGCAGCAUCCGUCCCUACACCCAGGAGGCUGCCAUCGGAGCCCUGCAGAACAUCACAGCUGGGAACGGCCUGGUAUCCAAGGCCAUCGCCCACACCAUAGUACAGCGGGAGAAUGGUCUUCUCCAGGCCAGGAAGAUGCUCCAGGAAGGAGAGAGGGAUGUGCAGAAGACUGCUGUGUCCCUGCUAAGUAACAUCUCACGCUACAGAGAGCUUCACGCUGACAUUGUCAAACAGGUGUUGCCACAGCUGGUGGUCAUGUUGCCCAACUCAGACACGGGCACAGACCUGCCUCCAGAGGUGACCGUGUCCCUGUGCCACAUCCUCAUCAACCUGAGCCAGGACGAGACGCAGCACGUCAGGGCCAUCGUCAACCACGGUUCGCUGCCCAAGAUCAUCAACAUCAGCGCAAAGGACAACGGGUUUGGUCCCACCAGGGCUGGCCAGGCAGCCUGCAUCCUACUACACAGCAUGUGGAGCCACUCAGAGCUCCACGGGGCCUAUAGGAAGGCUGGAUAUAGGAAAGCAGACUUCGUCAACAGCAGGACAUCAAAGGCUGUAAAUUCAAUACGGGACUAAGCGGAGGAUCACAACGCAUUGUGCUGAUUGAGGCAAUAGUGUAGUUUAUCUUCUGUAUGGAUUUAGAUGACUCAAUUCACUGCUUUAUAAAAUACUUGAUUUGUGUGUCUACCUCUCCACAGUGUGAGAUGUUACGUUUAUUUUGUGUGUGUGUGUGAGCCUGUUCCAGUGACACCAAUUGCUGCAAGCUCUUGGUAGAAGACCAAGUUCUCAACGAUGGAAAAAAAUGAUUAAAAACAAAACUGAUGGAGGAUCAGCAAAGACUUGAAUUACAUUUGAAGGAAGGAUUUUGAGGAAGAAAAUGAAUCAGCAUAGAAGUGGAAGACAAGAUAAGGAUACAAUUAUGACAUGUAUGUUAGUUUAAUGAAUGUCAUAACUUAAGUUGUAAAAUAUAGUUGUGAUGUUAACAUAGUUGGGGUUGUAAACAAUAUUAAAUUACUACCUGUAGGUCUAUUA